AACGCGGCUGUGGGGUGGGAUAACAGCCCUGCCUCCUCCCAGAGCUGCUCCAUGGCUCUGUGUCCCCCUGUCCCCUCCAGGCAUGGCUCAGUGAAGGCUGAGGACACCUUCAAGACCUCCCCGUUCCACCUGGACCUGUGGUUCUACUUCACCCUGCAGAACUGGGUGCUGGAUUUCGGGCGCCCCAUCGCCAUGAUCAUCCUCCCUCUGGAAUGGUUUCCCCUAAACAAACCCAGCGCUGGGGAUUAUUUCCACAUGGCUUACAACGUUAUCACCCCCUUCCUGCUGCUGAAGCUCAUCGAGAGGUCCCCCAAAACCCUGCCCAGGUCCAUGGUCUACGUCAGCAUCAUCACCUUCGUGAUGGGCGCCAGCAUCCACCUGGUGGGAGACUCGGUGAACCACCGGCUGAUCUUCAGUGGCUACCAGCACCACCUGUCCGUCAGGGAGAACCCCAUCAUCAGGAACCUCAAGCCAGAGACCCUGAUCGAUUCCUUCGAGCUGCUCUACUACUACGAUGAGUAUUUGGGGCAUUCCAUGUGGUACAUCCCGUUUUUCCUGAUCCUGUUCAUUUAUUUCACCGGCUGCUUCACGCCCGUGGCGGGGCAGAGCAGGAUGCCCGUGGCUGCCCUGCUCCUGGUGGGGCCCAGCAGCCUCUACUACUGGUACCUGGUGACCGAGGGGCAGAUCUUCAUCCUCUACAUCUUCACCUUCUUCGCCAUGAUGGCUCUGGUGAUGCACCAGAAGCGCAAGGGGCUGGUGCUGGACAGCAACGGGCUCUUCCUCUUCUACUCCUUCAUCAUCACCCUCCUCCUCAUCGCCCUCUGGGUGGGCUGGCUCUGGAAUGACAAAAUCCUGAGGAAAAAAUACCCUGGGGUGAUUUACAUCCCAGAGCCCUGGGCCUUCUACACCCUGCACAUGAACAACCUGCACCCCAGCAAGGGCGGCCUCUGAGUUUUGAUAUUUUCCUGGGGGGGGUGGGGGAACAAAAAAAAAAAA